GGAUGAUCAGCCUCCGCCUUUCCACUGGGAAGUUCGUCUGGAACUACUGCUGAAACAUCUUCAGGAAGAAAAACAACACACUGGCUAACAUGUUGCCUUUGGUGGAAACCCGGUGAUUCUGUGGAACUCGAGUACAUAGCGUUGUUUUUGUUUUUUUUACCAGUACUCCGGGUUUUUUACAAGAUUUUCGGUCACUAACAAGAGCAACAAGUGAAGUUUCCGCGGAAGGUUACAGAGCACCGAGAUGGGAAAUAUGAUACUGGUGGUGUUUCUGCUGCUGCACCUGCCAACAGAGCUGCUGUCCAUUCAGGUGAUCGUUCCAGAGGUUCAGAGAACAACGGCGCUGUUUGCUUCAGUGAUAAUCCGCUGCGACUACACAACAUCAGCCAACCCCCAGGAGGUCCUCGUCACGUGGAGAUUCAAGUCGUUCUGUAAAGACCCAGUUCUGGAGUACUACUCCACAGCUUAUCAGGCGGCUCUCCAGAUCGGUCAGGAUCCUGCCAAUGACUGCCCAGACAGCCAGCGCACAGUUCGGACCGUCAUCCAGAAGAGGGGCAUCAAUGAGCCAACGCUGGGGUCAGAGUACAGAAAUCGUAAAAUCACAAUCCAGAACAAGGCUGACUUGGUGAUAAAUGAGGUGAUGUGGUGGGAUAACGGCAUGUAUUACUGCAGCAUCGAUGCUCCUGGUGACACCACGGGCGACUCGGAUCGAGAAGUCAGACUCGUCGUGUACCACUGGCUGACUGUCCUGUUUAUCAUCAUCGGCGCUCUGCUGCUCAUCAUGCUCUUCUGCAUAUGCUGCUGUCAGUGCUGCCCGCAAAAAUGCUGCUGCUAUGUCCGCUGCCCCUGCUGUCCGCAGACCUGCUGCUGCCCUGAAAAAGCUGUGAUGCAGCAUCGGAUGCUAAAACAAGCUCAGAAAGCCAUGGCUCCCUGGAUGUACGGUCAGCCUGUUUACGCAAACGUCAGCAACACCUCCUCCCAGGGUGUUCCCCUGCUCUACUCGGCCUCGAUGUCAGAUUACCCAACCAAACAAAACAUCUCCAUGACUCCCAUCCCUUUGGGACCCAUGGUCCCACAGCAGCAGCAGCCCCCUUUGCAUGCUCAAUACAUGGUGAAUGGCAGCCUGCGUAGCAGUAAUAAUAGUGGAAACCCAAUGCUGGACUACCUGGAGAGCCAGGUGAGAGUACUAGAUGUGGGACCCCCUCAAAUGGCACCACAUGCUGUCCGAAACAUGCCCUCGUUGCAGCCCCAACCCUCUCAUCCAGCUGUGCCCUACGCCCCCGGMCCGCCCAGCAUGUUGUCGGCGCUGGAUGAUAUGGGGGUAAGAGGGGUGGAAAGAAGGGUGAUAACCCUGCCUCCUAUCAUCCAGCAAGUUCCCAGCCUUUCCUCCCGCCGGGACCCUGCUGGAGACGGGGCCAAGGUCUAUCCGAGAAUGUCCAGUCAGUCUAGUGGGAGUACUAACCGGUCAGGAGGGGGCCAACGWGGAGGCAGCCGUGGGUACAGAACCAGAGAGGACCUUCUACCAAGGCAGGGGAUACUGCGCGAGUACAGCGACGAUUCGGACUGGGACAACCGGCGAGGAAGAGCAACCCACGGGAGUUCAAGGAACGAGAGGGGCAGUUCAUCCAGGAGGAGAGAGCGAGGGUCCAGGCCGCGUGCCCGAAGCCGCGACGACUUGAUGGAGGAGCUGCAAAGCAGAUCGGCAAGGAGGGAGAGGAGCUACUCCCCUCCCACGCAACACAAGGGAUCCUGGAGCUCAGAUGAGGGCAGCAGCCAGAAAAARGGACGCAAAGUAAAGGAUUGGCCCGAGAAACCACCCAGCUACUUCGCCAGUGAGGUGCAGCCUGGUCGCAGGAACUACAGCCAUCUUUCUGUAAGAGCUUCCCCUACUGCCGACACUGAACCAGAAGUGUGUUAACAUUUAACCUGUUUUGUCAUCGUGUUCUACUACCACCUUCAGUUUUCACCCUUUGCCUGUUUCUUGCAUCUUUAACCUGUGUGUGCUGUGGUUUUGAGAAAAUCCGCCGUCUUGUAGCAGAGUCACAAACAACCAGAACUACAACCAUAAAGAUCUAUUUAAUACUCGGCUUAGUUCCACUUUGAGGAAAUGCGUCUUUCGUUGUACUUUGAAACCUGCUUCGAAGUAUGAUGACCUUUAGAACCUGCAGUGACAAUAUCUUCUCUAAGUGUGAGCAUGAAGUAUGUUAGUUAUAUAGCAAUAUGCAAAUAAGUCGAUGAAACAGAAAUUUACCAAUAUUACAUGCACAUAAUGUUAACAUAUACAGUACGGUAUGUUUUGCCAGAUCUUGAGAGAAUUUGCUGCAGAGAAACUGAAAGAUAUAUAUAUAUUUUUAAAUAAAGGUAACAUGGAGUAAAUGCUUCAUCUUAUCAUUUUUCAGCUGGAAAUAUCAGAAACAAUGAUUCUUUAAAAACUGGCUGUCACAAAUCUUGUGUCACUCUGUGGCAAAAAGAAUCAGUUUGUGUUCUUUGUUGGUAUUCACUCAGAUGCUCCUUUACUCUUGUAGAGUAGCAGACUGUGCCUUUGUUGCAGCUCUUCCCAUUGCUUCAGGUGAUGGUAUAAGUGCAUCAUCUCAAACCUUUUCUUAUCCAUUUAUAAUGGGAAUUAUAGAAAAUUAGCACAUUAGAUUCAGCUCGAACUGUUCCACAGACCUUUCACACUGCCCCCAAGUGGCAGCAGGUGGGUACAACAAAUAGAUGUGCAAAGCUCUUUAUCGUCUGUUCUUGCACAGCUUAGAUUUCUUCCUCUUCUUUGGUGCUUUUUUGUUGUUUCUGUUUGUUUUUGGAUGUGGUAAUCAUCUCUUGCUUAGACUCUAACCUUACCUUUUUUUCCACGUUUUUUUCUCAUAGGAUAGAGGCUCCCAUAGCAGUACCAGCGUAGUCAUCUGAAACAUUUCUCUUGUAUUCCCCCUGACUGCUUCCAAUUAAGAAGUUUGUAACUGUAGCUGAAAUGUUGUGUUACAGACCUAAAGCAUUUAGGACUGUAUAAAUAUGCACUACAUGUGCAUAUUUGGACUGCAAAUCUGUUGUGUAUUACAGCAAAAUAAUAAAUCAUGUUCAUUUCCAUUUUUCAUUUGUUUUUAUGUGAAUCUUUCAUGUCACAUUUUCUGUUUUGUGUGCUUUUCCCUGGUGAUGGAAAAAAAUUUCUUUAGGUUGAUGUACACUUAGUUUCAACAAACACAUGAAGUAUUGUGUAUUGAUUUGUCUCUACAUAAUUUUAUCUUUGCAUAAUUCUUGUAAUAUUUAAACAUUUAGCUUUUAUCUAAUAGAACAGCUGAAGCAGAAAGCACAGAUUAGUACUUUGAAAUGAAUGAACCGAUUAGUUUUAAAGUCAGUUGGCACUAAAAUACUGUAUAAAUGUGAUCUUACCUAACCAUUUCUUUUGUGAUAGAAAAGUAGUGAUGUGUAUAAAUAAUGUUUGUAUGUUGUUUUUUUUUAAAAUAAACAUUGUUUAGUUACAACCAGA